GCUAACCUCUACUAAUUCUCGUAACUCCGAAGAUACCCUCUAUCCGCAACUAACAUAACCCCUUGAUCUUCACCGCGAAUUUUUCGCAGCGGCCGCACACCAUGGCAGUCCUGCCCAGCCACAGCCUCCGCCGCUUGAACUCUCAUCAAUGGCUUCAAACCCUCCGCAAAACCCCAUCAUCAUCAUCAUCAUCAUAUUCUCUCUCUUCAGUACCUUCUCUCUCUUCAUCUCCCUCUUCUUCUUCAAUUGAAGAUUCAGAAGAUACUCAAUUCACCACAAAACCUAAUGAUGAUAACAAGAAGAUGAAGAAGAAGAUUGAAUCGUAUUUUCCGAAGAGAGGACAGAGUUUGGAGCUGGUAUGCGAAAGCCUUGCUUUCAAAGGAAAAGGAGUUUGUAAAGUGGCCAACUCUGGUUUCGUCGUUAUGUGCGACCGUGCUCUUCCUGGCGAACGCCUCGUCGCCCGCAUCACUCGCAAGAAAGACAAUUACGCUGAGGCGACUAAAUUAAAGACAAUAUCCCCGCACUGGGACUUUGUGGAAGCUCCAUGUGAACAUGCUUUACAUUGUGGAGGUUGUAAAACACAGAAUCUACUGUAUGAGGCGCAGAUCAGAGCUAAAGAACAAGUAGUCCGAGAGUUGGUCAUACAUGUGGGGAAGUUUUCUGAUAAAGACCUGGAAUCUUUUAACAUCAUGAAGCCCAUUAUUCCCUGUGACAUUCAAUUUCAUUAUAGGAACAAGAUGGAAUUUUCAUUCAGUAAUCAGACAUGGGUACCUAGAGACUUGUUACAGGAUAAACAAAGUGAACAAAGUGAACAAAGUGAUGCCGCUGACUAUGCAUUGGGACUGCAUGCUCCUGGCUUUUUUGAUAAGGUUCUUAAUGUCAACAAAUGCUUAUUACAAAGUGAGCCUGCCAAUGAGGUUCUCAAAGCUAUUCAAGAUUGUUGGAGAGAUCCAAAAUUAGGCCUUUCUCCGUAUAAUGUACAUUCCCAUGCUGGGUAUCUUAAGCAUCUAAUGCUGAGAACAGGCAGGGAUGUCAAUACUGGUGUUCUUCAACUUAUGGUUAAUUUUGUGACUUCGUCCCACAAACCAGAGCUCCUGAAUCCCCUUGUUGAGAAAAUUUCAGCCAUACCUGAAGUGGUGAGCAUUGUGAACAACGUAAAUACUUCUGUCGGUAACACAUCUGUUGGUGAGGAUGAGUUCACGUUAUAUGGUAAAUCUACCAUCACAGAGAUCCUAAGAGGGCUUGUUUUUCAAAUUUCAGCCAAUUCUUUCUUUCAGACAAAUUCACACCAGGCGGAGGUUCUUUAUGGACUCAUUGAAGAUUAUGCGGAUCUCAAAGGAGACGGCUCAGAAAUUGUCCUUGACCUUUUUUGUGGAACGGGCACCAUUGGCUUGACACUAGCCAGAAAGGCCAGACAUGUUUAUGGCUAUGAAGUAGUUCCUCAGGCUAUCUCAGAUGCUUGUCGUAAUGCCAAGAUGAACAACAUCAAUAAUGCCACAUUUGUACAAGGAGACCUCAAUAAAAUUGAUUUGAAUUUUGGGAAAAAUUUUCCAAAGCCCGACAUCAUCAUAUCAGAUCCAAACCGUCCAGGAAUGCAUAUGAAGUUAAUUAAAUAUUUACUAAAGCUUCGAGCCCCACGGAUUAUUUAUGUGUCCUGUAAUCCUGCAACAUGUGCACGGGACCUCGAUUACCUCUGUCACGGUGUGGCAGAGCAAAAUAUAGAGGGAUGUUACAAACUAAGAAGCCUACAGCCAGUAGACAUGUUCCCUCACACUCCUCACAUCGAGUGUGUUUGCCUCCUAGAGCUUCAGUGAUAUUUCCUUUAUGAGGGUACUGAAUUUCUCAGAGAUGGUGAUUUUCAAAUAUGAAGACGAGAUAUAUCUCGAACUGGCUCAUUUCCCUAAUUAUGAUUUUUUUAAAAACUUAAUUACAUAACCAGGUGUAUUUUAAACUUUAUUCCCAAACUUGGGAAGGAGCGCCUUUUGAUAAAUAUGCUUUUAAGUUGUUUAGCUGGAAUUGAUAAACAAGUUUAUAAGCUGUUUCACUAAAAAACGUGUUCACUUAACACAUUCUUUUAGUUCGGGAAUAAAGUUUAAAA